AUGGCUUGCAACGAGAACGUAAUAAAAAAUAUAGCAAACGAAAUAGCAAGAAAUUGCCAAGCGCAAAAUGUUACGGUCGACCCCGAGUUCGUUAUAUAUUUGAUUGAUUUACUUUUACUAAAUCCGAAAUACGGAAAGCUAUUUGCACGAACUAUUAACAGAGACAAUUUGGAGUUUUUCGUCACCGAAUGCGUUUCUAUGCUUAUAAAAUGUGAAACAUCAAUAAACACACUGAAGAUGCAGUAUACAAUGCAAUCAAACUACGACAAGCUGCAAGCCCUAAUCGACAAACAUCUGGAUUCAAUCAACAAUUGUCUCCGGCCGCUCGUCAAUGAAAUACUGGAUGAGGAUCCUGAUGAUGAAGCCGCUUACAAGAAACUGUUCAGGAAAAUGUCCAUUUAUAUUAUAUUGGCGAGUGGUUUGGGAAACCCGGGCAGUAUUGUGACUUUAAAAGAAGGGAUGUCAGCGUUGGAGAGCGUAUUUUCAUUGGACGAUCUCCGAAUAUUCACAGCGUUGCCGCGGAACGAGAAAUUGGUGCAGUUGAAUUAUUUGAUGCAUGUCGCCUCUGGAGUGCGGCUUUUUAAUAGAGACUGUAAGAAAGGCGGUGAAGGCAUACCGGAUUUGCCCUUCAACCUCGUGGACGCUGGCAAAGCGUGUCUGGCGUCGCUGUCAAACUCGCUGAUCGCUGUAAUGCAGCGCGUCAACACGCUCACCACGGCCAUAUCGGACGCGCUGUGCGUGCAGGACGAGACGGGGAACGUGCUCAUUGAUAUACCGGCUAAUAGCGCUGUUACUGAAAAGGACUACAAGCAAAUAUUCGAGCUACUAGCGUUCAACCGUCAAUAUGAGCUGUACAUUCGCAAGCUGUUAGCCGACGUUGAGACGAUGGUGCAAAGCGGAACGCAGCAAGUUGAGAAAUUCCGCUUGGUACUGGAGGAGCUACACGCGGCCGUUAAGUAUAAGGCCGCUGUGCCUAUUGUCACUGUAUUUCCUCUCUUCUCCCGAGUGUGGAAUGUGUGGCGUUCGAUGCAGAACAUUAUGUACCUGGUGUCCACCGUCAACCGGCUGAUGAUAAACCUUGGGCUAAUACAGGAGCAGAUGAAGGUACCCUACGGUCUGGUGCAGUCGAUGCUCAAAGGGCGCGCGGUGCUGUCGGACCAAGACCGCUCGUCCCGCGUGAGCGUCGACGAGCGCGUCUCGCUCGGCUCGUUCCGCAACUACGUGUGCGCGGACGCCGCGUGCGCGGGCCGGGAGCAUGUGCGCUUCCUAGGGUUUUGCGCGUUGUGCCUGAGCGUAGGCGCCCUGGUGCCCAGUAACAUGAAGAUGGGCCUGAUCAAGAGCAAGGGCUACCGGUACGGGUUCUGUUCAGUUAAGAUGGCCGCGAGGUUCAGUAAGGACCCGCAAAGAUACGUGAACGAAGUGUUGCAAUAUUCGCGCAACAAUCCGCACCUGAUCAAUCUGCUGAGCAUUGCGGACGCGGUGCACGCGCUGCGGCACGUCGACACGCUCGUCGUCAGGACGGAGCCUAAGACGAAAGUAUGCGAUAAAGACAUACAGACAGAAGCUCACCCAAUAGAUGGUUACAUCGAGAAGAAUUACACCUGGGAUUUGUGGGAGUGGAAACGACGUGCCUGCCAAUGGGCAACAAUAGUGAACUGCCAAACACAUUCCACACAAACGAAUUACAGUCACCUGCGCUCCGAGAUACACUGUCAAACGUUCGAGCCGCGUGACAAAUGCCUGCAGACUAAAAAGGAUUGUGGGAUCAACACCAUCCCCAAUAACGUGUUCCUGUGGGGGUUGCGGGGGCAACUGGGAUACGGGCAACAUUCUAUGGAGUUAGUCGGAAGUUGUGCGGAAAAGAAAAAAGCGCAAGUUGUAUCAGUGUGCAGUUGGCCUUGCAUCACGAGCGAUGACGUCACCAAUUCUGAAGAUGAAUAGCUUUUGAUUUUUUUAGAUUAAAU